GAAGGAGACUGGCCCCUACACCACUGAGCAGCAAGAAAAGAUGGCCGCCUUAGUCAGAGAGAGGAGAGGAAAGAGCGUGAAAAGCAAGCCAAGCUAAAGGCUAUCACAGACGAGCAGGCGGCGAAGAUGAAGAGAUUGGAGGAGGAAACGAAGCAGGUACAACAGGAGGAGGAAGAAAGAAGGAAGGCUGCUGAAGCAGGAGCGGCAGCAGAAGAAGAGAAAGAGAGAAUGAGAAUUGAGAGUGGGGAAGGAAGUAGUGGUGGCACGAUGAAGUGGGAGGCAGAUACUGAGCUGGAGAAGAAGAUCAGCGAGUGGGUCGCUAAUUUAUCGUUGGGGGAAGACGAGGAGGCAGAGUCAUAUGUGACUAAGGAUGAGAAGGCUGCGCUGGCCGCUGAGCUAGCAGCCAUGACAGACCCAAUGGAACAAAGAGAGAGGGAAGACGAGCAAAAGUUAGCAUGGAAGUUGAGAAUGAAGAGGGAGAAGAAGAGGAGGAGAGAGGAAGUGAAUAAGAUGACCGCAGCAGUGGCAAAGGUGCAGGAGUGUAGAGCGGAGGUGGUGGCCCAGCCAGAUGAUAAGGCCAAGUGGGACAAAGUACUGGGCUAUCUAAAGUGGAGGAGUGCUAAGGCACACAAGGGUACUAUGGACGACUUGGUAGCCGUCCCGGACCACGAGGUCACUGAGCCCCAGCUGGUCCAGUUGUUUUAUCGUGCCAUUCCAGAGGCCCUACGUGGGCAUUUCUUUGACAAAUCUCAACAGGCCGGCAUGACUUACGACGCGUUGAGUAGAGAAUUCGUCCUGUAUGAGUCGAAGUCUAUGCCAGUUACUACUUUCUGGCAUAUGGACCUGGAGAAGGGGAAGAAGUGGAAAGAUCAUACCAUCUCGAGCCAAGUCAAGGCCAAGGAUCACUUGAUCCUGACAUUAGAGGAGGGUAGUACAGAAGAGGUGCCAUACGAUCAGAUUGAGUGGGGCCUAGGGGAGGAGUACAGUAGUGUAGGGCAGGGGAGGUCUUACGCUGCUGUCGCGGCCGGAGAUAACACCUUGGCACAUUGCUGUCUCAGUGCUCCCGCGUUCGCGCGAUUAGUAAAGGAGCAGUUAGAAGACCAGGGCUUUGUAGUUUAUGUUAGGCCUGUCACUGAGGCCCAGGAAAAGGAUAGUUCCACAGAUCCAACAAUUGCCAAGCUGCUGGAAGAAUUCAAAGACUUGACUGAGUCGCCGACAGGAGUAGUGUCGCGACCCAUCCAGCAUAGGAUAGAGAUAGAGGCUGGCAGUAGAACUCCUAAGGGUGCAGUCUACAGGAUGUCCCCUAGAGAGUUAGAGGAGCUUCGCAAGCAGUUAGACAAACUCCUUGGGAAAGGUUGGAUCAGGCCCAGUUCGUCUCCUUUUGGAGCACCCGUCUUGUUUGUCCCCAAGAAGGAAGGAGAGCUGAGAAUGUGUAUAGACUAUAGGGGUUUGAAUGCGAUCACCGUGAAGAAUGCUGAGCCGCUGCCCAGGAUAGAUGAUCUUUUAGAUCGGGUGCAAGGUUGUAAGUAUUUCUCCAAGAUAGACUUAAAGUCCGGAUAUCAUCACAUAGAAGUCCAUCCUGAUGAUCAAUACAAGACGGCAUUCAGGACUAGAUAUGGGCAUUAUGAGUUUGUAGUGAUGCCCUUUGGACUAACCAACGCGCCAGCUACUUUUCAGCGUUGUAUGAAUGACCUGUUUAGACCAUGGUUAGAUAAGUUUGUAGUAGUCUAUCUAGACGAUAUCCUAGUUUUUAGUAAGACCCUCCAGGAGCAUCAGGGUCAUCUGAGGCAGGUCUUGGAGAAGCUUAGAGAGGCCAACUUCAAGAUCAACGUGAAGAAGUGCGAGUGGGCCAAGACGCAAGUUUUGUACUUGGGCCACGUAUUAGACGGAGAUGGCAUCAAGCCAGAGGACAGCAAGAUCGCGGCGAUUAGAGAUUGGCUGACGCCCCGCACAUUGACAGAGGUGCGGUCGUUCCUAGGCUUAGCUAACUACUACAGGAAGUUUGUGAGGAACUUCUCCACUAUCACCGCUCCCUUGCGCCGAUUACUGAAGAAAGAGGCAAUCUGGCAAUGGGACAAAAACUAUGUUUGCGCUCAAGAAGCUAAAGCGCGCGUUAAUAGAGUAUCAUGUCCUCAAAGUUGCAGAUCCGUCUUUGCCAUUUGUCGUCACCACGGACGCGAGCCAGUAUGAGAUAGGCGCCGUGUUGCAGCAAGACGACGGCAAUGGCUAUAGACCCGUAGAGUUCAUGUCAGCGAGGAUG